CGGCACAGCGCGGCCAUGGUGGACUCUCCCAGCGCGAUGAAGAAGACCUUUUCAGUGCCGGAGAUCAAACCGCUGGACCAGUACGACUUCAGCCGGGCCAAGAUCCGCGCCAGCGUCCGGUGGCUGCUGUCGAAGUCGUACGGCUCUGCAGAAAAUGUCCCUGUGGAGUUGCGGGAGCCGCUUUACAAGGACCAGUAUGAACAAGAGCACCUCAAGCCGUCCGUCUCCAAGCUGCUUCUCUCCCCGGAGAUCUACUGCCGAGCUCAGGCCCUGCUGGCCCAGGCACACGGGGUCUCUUUGCCGGCAUCGCAGGGGUCCCCGGCCGACAACUCCGCGCUGCUGCAGUUCCUCAUUAAGAAAGGUUUCACCCCAAAGGUCCAGGAUGUAGAUGUCACCGAGGAGGAUCUCAGCAACGUCCCCAUCAAGACAAAGUCCCACCUUGCCCUGAUGGACGCUCUGAUGUCACUGGCUGCUAAAGAGACAGUGGGCCGGGUGAAGAUGGCGACGGAGGCGGAGCAGAUGGGCGUCAGUUCUCCAUGGGAGAACGCUCUGCUCUUCUGGGUCAACAGGCUGAACCAGAAAUUGAGAGAAAGCACAGAAGAAGAGGAACCCGUCAAGUCGCAGACGUGUACAGACCUGCAGGCUGUUCAGGACUCGUGUCAAUCCACCCGUUGGUACUGGAAACUAGUCCCACAUGCUAUCGCUUUUUGUUUGAAGGAGUCGGGGAAUAAGCCGCCAGUGAUCCGCUAUAGGAAGGACAAAGUGCAAUCUAAGCUGACUCCUACUUUCCCUCUGGUGUCUGCGGUCAAAGAUCUGUCUAAUGGCUGUGCCAUAGCUGCUGUGUUGCACUACUACUGCCCCAGCUUGCUGCCUCUAGAGGAUGUGUGUCUGAAGGACACCAUGUCAUUGGCCGACAGUCUCUACAACCUGCAGCUGGUCAAAGAGUUUUGCGAGAACAGUUUACAGAGCUGCUGCCCCCUCGCUGUGGAGGACCUGCUCUACGCUCCACCCGUUCUCCAUCUGAACAUCAUGAGCUUCAUAGCAGAACUGCUGGAGUGGUUUGAGGUGAAGAAGCCUGAUUUUGUCCAGCCCACACAACCCAUUGACCUCACAGAUGUCUCGGGGCUACUGGACUGCACAAGUCCUGUCACUGGGAACAGCAACAGUGGUUCUCCUUCCUUUAUCUUCAAACAACCCUUUGUGCCCAUCUCCUCUCCAGUGUCACCAGUUUCAGAAAACAAAAGUUGGACGAAGAAACAAAUCGGUCGUCCUCUGUCAGCAGUGACUUUCAGCAUCCCAUUUGGGCUGGACAGUGAUGUUGACAUUGUCAUGGGAAACCCAAUAGAUUCUGUCUUUCGCUCUGUCAGCACUGACAGCCUGACCACCGGCAUCCCUGUAAUGACCUCACCGGUGACUUCAGCAGGGAUGACUCGUGUCCCGUACAGCCCUCCAGAGGACCUCAGCCACCUGGUCAGCGCUUCAGCCCCAUCGCAGCGGUCUUCCUGGGGCCCUUACGCACACACGGCACCGCUAGGAGAGCUGCCAACAAUCGAGGAGGCGCUACAGGUGGUUCAUACUCCCAACAGCAAAGAUCGGAAGAAGGGAAGGACGCCAGAGAAAGGUGGAAGAGGAGUGUUGGGAGGACGGCCCGAGCCCAGGUUACGUCCCGAGGGAGCCCCUGCCGGUUUCUUCCUGCACUCCCCCGAGGAGGAUAAUCCCCAGCUCAGUAGCUCUGCUCCCUGUCGCUCUGGAGUCCUCUGCCGGCCUGUUGGAGGAGAAGGGGGUGAUACGGAAAGGCAGGGAAGGGGAGAGAGGAGGGAGAGAUCAGGACGGAGCUCCGAUAUGUCACGUGACGAUGACUCCGUUCUACGAGAUGGCAGCGUCGACUCCUCUGAACUAUCAGAUGAUACCCCAAGAAAUGCCCCUGGUAAUAUUCGACCCAGUAACGGUCGCCAGGGAAACCACAGCACCAGCAAUAGCCCACGAAUGACAAGCUUUGCUGAGCGACGAGACAGCAGGAGAAGACAUUCGGCUGCUCCCGGAGAGGACUCAGCCUCUGCUGCGACGCCAACAACCCCAGGAACUCCACAUACACCCUCAACCCCAGCGGGGGCACCUGGCCGACAGGACAGCCCAGGUCCCAGAGGCCCCGAACCAGGCUCCGAGGCCUGGGAGUUGGGGGCUCGUCUGGAGGAAAAACGCAAAAGCAUUGAAGCCCAAAAAAGACGCAUCGAAGCCAUCUUUGCCAAACACAGACAGAGGCUUGGCAAAACUGCUUUCCUUCAACUGAAAAGAGAGCAAGGAGAGGGAGGAGGGGAGGGACUGGGGGAGGAUAAUCUCACCCUGGAGGAGCGCCUCACCCACAUGGAGGAGCAACUGAAACAGGAGGAGGAGAAGGAAGAGAAAGAAAAGGAGGAAAAAGAAAAAGACGGAGAUAAGGAGAAAGAAAAGCUAUCCGUUUCCAAUCCUCCUCGGCUGGAGAAGCAGGUCACGUUCUCUAUUGAAACUAAGCAAGGUGCAGAAAAAGAGAAAGAGAAAGCUGGUGACGGUGUUCUUGUGGAAUACAAUGAAGUCGUGCAGAAACUGAGUGAAGCCCUGCAGUCAUUACAGAAGGACAUGCAGAAACUUACAGAACAGCAGCAGCAGCUCAUGAGCAACCAAAGACCCAGAAAUACACCCAAACCCGCUCCAAAGUCAGUGAUUAGAAGUAACGUCAAAACACCACCCAGAACCCCUCCCCACACACCAACAAAGACACCUCCGAGAACCCCGACAAAGACUCCUACAAGGAGCAACGGUAAAGCUUGGGUGAUCCCUACCAAUCCCAAUCUCCCCUCCUCUCCCUCACGGCGUUCUCACGCUCUGACCUUGUCCACCUCUCCAAAAACAGUCGUCUCCUCCUCCUGCCCUGCUCCUCGCACUAAGAUUCACUCCUCCUCCUCACCUCGGAGCCCCAAACACCACCCACGCCCCCAAAAUCAGCGCCCCCAUCCACGGCCUUCCGAACUCAAGUUCCCUCCUCUCAAUCGGGUCUUGACACCAACCCAGACUGUGGACACCCUCCCCCACUUGCGCCGUGUGUCCCCCAGCAAGUGUCAGGUUCAGACGUCCUCUUCCUUCCGUAUCGGCGGUCCCCGGACUCCUCAGGAAUCUCCUCAGCCUCAGCAGCCACAGCCUGAUGAGAGCAACUCAGAAACAGGCUCUAGCGAGACACCCACCCAGUUCAGCCUGGAGCUGGAGCAAGAGGACGUAGAGGGUGUUGGAGGGCUGCCGAUCUUGUCACAGCCCAGACAAGAUCGUCCCAGGGCUGCUGGUGGCAGCAGCUCUGGUGCUCCUUCAGAGUGCUCAUUUGAGAGCGAGACUUUGUCCAUUUCCGCUGCGUACAGCGCAGUAGGGGAAGGAGGAAGAGGCAGAGAUGCAGAGAAACGCUGCAGCAUGAUUGAGGUGUCACUAUCAUCUCUUGGAGGGCCAGAAGGAGGCAGCGAUGAACCAACCGAUGAAGGGCAGGAGUUUUCCUCUGACUCAAUGAGCGAUCACACAGAAUCUGCUGCGGAACCGGCAAGAGGACUCGCCACAGAACCCUUCGAUCCUUUAGAGCAGCUGAAUCUGGCUAUGGAAGCCACGGAUUUGCCGGAACAACAAACCGAACCCAAAGAACAAACAGGACAGACCGAAACUUUGGAACCGAGUGGAGAACAGAGCGAGCUGGAAACCAAAGGAGGAAUAGGAUUCUUCUUCAAGGAGGAGGUACAUAGUGAGGGGGAGAUGGCCCAGCGUAGAGCUCUCCUGUUGGAGAGGCAGCAAAAGAGAACAGAGGAGCUGAAGAGGAGGAGACAGUGGCAUGAGCAAGAAAGGGAAAUCAGAGUUGUGUCUUCAGACAGGAGAGCAGCGUCUCCCUCCAAUACACCCCCUGCAGGCACCACCUCCCCGUCACCCACACCGCCUGCUACUCCAGCCCGUCGGGGAGAUUUCACACGAGGGGAGUAUGCGCGGCGGCAACAGCUCAGGAUCAUGGACGACCUGGACAAAGUGCUCCGCCAGAAAACCGCCAAUCAAGGACGAUCUUCAGCCAAGAAGACCCGCUCUCGGCCUCGCAGUAUGACCAGGGAAGAAACACAGCUGUCUCUGAGUCCAGCCAAGAGAACAACUGGCUCUAAGUUGACCAAAGUCUACUCUCACUCCUCCCUCAACCUGGCAGCAACAGAUGAGACAGGAAACCGUGGUAGUGACCCCACAAAGAAACCUCACAGCAGCCGUCCUGAUUCACCGUCAGGAUGUGCGACACCAAGUAGACUGGCCAAUCUGAACGGAGACAAGGACUGGGAGAGUGGCUCCAAUGGAACCUCACCUGCCCCAGAAUACACAGGUCCAAAGCUCUUCAAAGAACCAAGCUUCAAGUCCAACAAAUUUAUCAUUCACAACGCUCUCUCCCGCUGCUGCCUGGCUGGAAAGGUCAACGAGGCACAAAAAAACAAGAUAGUGGAGGAGAUGGAGAAGUCUCCUGCAAACCACUUCCUUAUCCUCUUCCGGGAUUCCAGCUGCCAGUUCAGGGGCGUAUACACCAUGAACCCAGACUCCCAGGAGCUCAUACGAUUGGCUGGCGUGGGUCCCCGGACAAUUGGCUCCACCCAGGUGGAGUCCAUCUACAAAUACAGUUCAGAUAGGAAGCAGUUUAGUGCCAUCCCCUCUAAAACCAUGGGCAUGAGCGUGGAUGCUUUCACCAUCCCCAGCCAUCUUUGGCACGGAGGAGGAGGCGCAGGAGGAGGAGGAAGCAGGAGAGCAAGCAUUACUAAGAAGGCGGUUAUUUCCAAGUGAGGAACAUAACACAACAUUACAGUGACACACGAUUAAAGAAAACACUAUAAUCACACUGUAAUUAUAGUGAAAACUGUAGUCAGCAGUGGAAAACAGUUAUUUAUGUGCACACAGAUAAGCCUUUAGGCAACUGUGUGCGUACAGACAUCUUAGCUGUCUUGCUCUUGGAUUUAAGUAGAAGUACAAAAUAU